AUGACGGCGGAAGGCCACAAUGUGGACGCGAGUAUUAUGUCGCUGGACAAAAAGGACCAUGGCCAUUACUUUGUGAAGAAAACGUUCGGCAAACCGGUAAAUUGUCACCACUGUUCGGAGAAGAUAUGGGGAAUGCUGUCGCAGGGAUACGUUUGCGAAGGUGAGCCAAACUUUUUCUAUUAAUAGCCCGUCCGGAAAGUCGCCGGUAUUGCUGGUGUUACUGAUUGUACCUUCAUAUUUUUAUACUUCUAAUCAACAAUUUCAGUCUGUAAUUUUGUCUGCCAUGACCGCUGUUUGCGCACCGUGGUGUCCUACUGUAGCGGCGUUGCGCUGCAGCUCAUCAAGGUGCGUUCUCGAAUUACAGUAGUAUGAUUGUUUUAGAACCCGGUGGCGCACACGUGGUCGGAACCCUCGACCUCAGUGAAGCGAAAAUUUUGCUGUGUAUGCAGAAAGCGUACGGACGACGUACUGAGUGUCGCAUGCGAGGGUAAGCCCGUCAAACGAUUUGCUGUAUUGAAUAUUUAGUCUGCGAAUAUUACGUGCACCUGGAGUGUCAGGACCUGGCGGUCAGCGAUUGUCGCGAGGCCGCCACAUUUGUGCCUUCGUUGGACAAGGUGUCGCACAAACAGUACCAUCACAUGCGCGAGGGGAAUGCUCCGCGUGAUGCGAAGUGCGCCGUGUGUAGGAAAACGUGUUACUCAUACGAAUGUUUUACGGGAAUGCAAUGCGAAUGGUGUUCACUUACGGUAAGGAUUGUAUAGGAAAUGCAAUAAAAAAUGUUUUCAUUGUCCUUUACAGUAAGAAUUUUGUACAACGAAUCACAAAGGACCAAAAAAACUUCGUUUUGGAAGGGUUUGGUUGUACGGAGCUUCAUUUUGAUUUAUAAUCAGGGGGCAUUCGUUAUAAAGAGGCUUUGUUGUAUGAAGUUUUUGCUACAGACCUUCCACGGUACUGACACUAAAAUUAAUUUUUUUAUAUUCAAUUUCGGAUUUUAGGCCCACGCCGUCUGUCUCGCUCAGGUCAAGCCUGAUUGUGACUUUGGAGUGCUCAGGAAAAUAAUGCUUCCGCCAAACUCGGUGACAAUUCCGCGCACGGAAUUGCCCAUGGAGCAGCUGUUGAAUAUUCACGGACCUCACGGCUCCACCUCGCCCGGAAUCAACGACGGCAAUCGAAAAGGUAGGCAAUUGGUCGCCGCUCCCCGCCUCUAAUUAAUCCAAUCCUCUACAGGCGGCGUCGUUUCAGUAUCAUCGCCGUCGCGCACCACCGCCGAGGACAACGCGUUCGGCGAGGAGAAGGAGAAGGAGGAUCAUGAGCUGAUCCGUAUCUACGAUGGGAACAGCUCCAUGCGAACGCAGGUGUUUCGAACGGCGCAGAUCCCAAAGAUGGCGAGCGUCGAGCAAAUACGGGAUAUUGCAAUGCGGCGGUUUCACAUCAACGACAACCCCGAGCAUUACUAUGUGACGCAGGCGCCGUUUGAGCUGGGAGGCGAGGAGGAGAACCUGGAAGACCCGAUUCCGCUCCGGAAUAUGAAGCGGCCCGAGGGCAAGAGAGCCCAAAUCUACCUCCGAUAUCGAGACGAUCCGGAGAAAGCGGCGGUCAAGGUGUACGGUGGAUGGUUACGGUAAGGAGACGACUGUUAGGAAGCCGAAUCAGCUCUUUUCUGAAACGUUGUAGAUUUUCUUUUAGGAUACCGGUAACCUUCACCGAGAUCACCGUGACCAAAGAUACCCUUGUUCAGGACCUCUUGUUCAACGCGUUGGAGGACUUUGGCAUGGAAGGCGCGACCUGGAACAAGUACACUCUCGUCGAGGUGUCGCUCGAGAAAGGCGUGGCCGAGAGAACGGCGAACCCGCAGGAAAACAUGCUGCAGUUGAUCCGAAAUCUCCGCAAAGACUCGCUUCGUCGAUAUCAUGUUGUUAGGUUCUAUAUACAAGAGAAAGAAGACCCUCAUGAUCAUGCGGUAUUCGUUGGAAAUUUGCCUCCAUCUCUGGCGCAACGCACAUACGAACGCAUCUUGUUGAAACUCCUAGGAGCAAAAGGUACACAACUUUUUGUUGAUUACUUUUUCGUAUUUUAGAAAAACCCUUCACUGCCAUCGGCCCCAUUUACUUUGAAUACGGCUCGCUGGUCAUCACCUUCAACACCCCCAAAGCCGCGACGUCGGCGGUGCAAAAGCUUCAGAAUGCUGUCUACGAGGACAAGAAGUUAAUUGUUUUAUGUCUUCCCAACAUUCAGACGCACAUGUUGCCUUCGGACAUUGAGCCGUUGUUGGUGUUGGUCAACGUGAAAAGCGGCGGAUGUCAGGGAGCGGAACUGAUGACGGCUUUUCGAAGAAUGUUGAAUCCGUUCCAAGUCUUCGAUGUUUUAAAGGGAGGGCCGUUGGUCGGGUAAGCUAGCGGAUUUUGUAAUUGGGGACGGAAAGGUCCGCUUAGGAAAAGAAAAAAUAUAGAGCCAUUUUGAAAAAAUAUGGCCGAAUAGGAAAAGAAUGGCCAAAUUGAAAAAAACAAGGCCAAAGGGGAAAAGAUGGCCAUAUUGGAACAAAUAUGGGCAAAUUGAAAAAAAUGUGGCCAAAUUUAAGAAAAUAUGGCCAAUUUGAAAAAAUAUGGCCAAAAAUGCAAAAUAUGGCCAAAUUUCAUAGGAUUUUGAUUUUUACUUCUGUAAUUUGUUCAUUUUUAACAGGCCUUUUCGGACAGCGGACCCUUUCCGGCAGCAUUUUUAUCACUCCAAUAUGUGAAAAAUAGCCUCACACCGAUUCGUAUUUCAGUCUCUACGUCUUCCGGAACGUCCCGAAAUACCGUAUCCUGGCGUGCGGUGGCGACGGCACAAUUGGCUGGGUGCUGCAAUGCCUGGACAUUGCCAAACAAGACGCCGCCUGCUUUUCACCGCCGUGCGCGGUUGUGCCGUUGGGCACGGGCAAUGAUCUGGCGCGUGUGUUGCGCUGGGGCGGCGGAUAUACGGGCGAAGAGAAUCCGCGCGAAAUCCUGCAGGAUGUGAUCGAAGCGGAAGAGGUGCGCCUGGAUCGAUGGGCUGUGGUGUUUCAUGAGGAAGAGCGAUCGCAACCACCAACAGGCGGUGAGCAAUCGGCGGAUCCGGAUCAAAUGAUGUCCAAUCCGGAGGACCAGACGUCAAUGAUCAUCAUGAACAACUACUUUGGAAUCGGAAUUGAUGCCGACGUCUGUUUACAGUUCCAUAAUAAGGUAUGAAUUGAAGCUUGUUGCAUGUAAAAAAGCAUUAGUAUUCGAAUUUAAGAGACUUGUAAAGUAUGUCUUGAAAAUGUGUCAUGAUGACACCCGUGGAAAAUGUGUUAGUGGUAUAAAAAAUUAUUUUGUAUGGCUAGGAGUACUCGUUAGAGCAAGUUAAAAAAUUUUCGGGCAUUAAAUAGGUUAUCUUCAUUAGCAAUGGAAAAAAUCCAGAAAACCCGUCAUCCAAAUUGCAAAUGGCCAAAGCUUUGAACCCAAAAUUUUUUUGGGAUUCGUUAGGGAGCACUUCUAACCAUAUGCAGCCGUUGUGUUUACCACUGACGCAUUUAAAAGUGUGUCAUCAUGACAUAUUUUCUGGACACCCAAUGAUUUAUAAGCCUCGAGCCAUAUGUGCAAAUGACUUGGAUUCUCUAACAUUAAAAAUUUAGCGCGAUGCCAAUCCCGAAAAGUUUUCGUCCCGCCUCUUCAACAAGACCCAGUACGUCAAGAUCGGGCUUCAGAAGGCGUUCUUUGAGCGCAACUGCAAAGACUUGUGGAAGCGAGUGGAUCUGGAGGUGGACGGGAAGCCCAUCGAACUGCCGCCGGUCGAAGGCAUCUGCAUUCUGAACUUGAUGAGCUGGGGAAGCGGCGCGAAUCCAUGGGGAUCGGCGAAGGAGGAGGGAAACUUCCAGAAACCGACGCACUACGACGGCCUUCUGGAAGUGGUCGGGAUUCCGGAUGUGACGCGAUUGGGGCUGAUCCAGUCCAAAAUGGGCGCUGGAAUUCGAAUCGCGCAGGGUGGAAGUGUAAGCAUUUUUGGUUGGGAUGAAACGGUUUUCAAGCUGGUUUGGCGGAGACGUUUUUUAACGUCGGCGGACGACUUUUCUUGGAUUUCGGAGAGCCAAGCCUGGCUAAAACCAAAACGUAUGGUAUCCCUGGUGGCAUAGCGCCUAAAUACGACUUAUUCCGCCUUCGGUCGGCAGAUGAAAAAACUGCAAUUCGGCGGAGAAAAAAAUCAACCCAUUCAAUUAAUUAUUUACAGCCUUAUUUGUGAAAAAAACACUCCGCCGAAUUCAAGGCGGAUUUCGGAAGUCUCCGCCGAUAAAAGAAAAAAAUUGGAAUCUUAAAACUUCAAGGGGUUUCUGUAAAAACCAAAAAAAUAAUAUAUUUUUGGAUUGGACCACCGAUCACAAAGUUAUUUAUGAAAAGUUUCUUUCCAUAAUUCUUUUUCCAUAACGCCCUGUAUGAUAAUAAAAACCGCAAUUUCAUUUUGCAGAUCAAAAUCACCACUCGCGACGAAUGGCCGGUUCAGGUGGACGGCGAGCCGCACAUCCAACCGCCCGGCACGAUCACAAUCCUCAAGUCGGCGUUGAAGGUGAGUGUCGAGUCGGUUGAAUCCAACCUCCCAAUCUAGGCGAAAAUGUUGAAAAAGUCGAAGAAGAAGCAGCGCACCAACUCGAAUCACAUUGCUCAAACCGUGCGCGCGGUGCAGAGCGAAGGCUCGCCGUGCGCCUAUCAGUCGCCGCAUCUCGGCGUCUCCAGCCAAACCUCGCACGGCAAGUCGACGCCGGAGGACAUCCAGAACACGGACGACGAUCAGGACGAGUUCCUUUGA